AAACACGCGCUGGGCAGGAAGGGAGGUGGGCGGCGGGGACAAGCAGAAGGUUUCAAGGUUUCAUGUCAUUAUUGGCUGAAGCGGCGGCGGGGUCGGGCUGGAGCUCGGCAGGUGUUAAUGAAAGUUAGCUGUGAUUUGCGUGUCAGAGCCGGGAACAACAUUCAUCAUGUUAAAGUGAAGGAAAAGAGCUCCGUGUUGAACAUGCUAAAACGAUUGGACAAAAUAAGAUUUAGAGGACAGAAACGGGAUGAAAUACUUGAUCUGGUAGAAUCUCCCAACGCAUCAGACAAUGAAUGUGGUGAUGAAAUUCCAGGAAAAUCUGCUCGAUGCUCGAUAAGAGAUUCCGAAGAGCUAAAGGACCCUGCAGGCCCAGGGGCAUCGAUUAUGGCUUCAGGAAUUCAAGAUUUUAACAGGACAGAAUCUGAACGACUGAAUGAAAUUAAGGGACAUCUUGAAAUUGCACUGUUAGAAAAGCAUUUUUUACAGGAGGAGUUAAGGAAGCUUAGGGAAGAGACAAAUGCUGAAACUCUAAAGCAAGAACUAGAAAAGGAAAAAUUAAAGCGAAUAGAGCUGGAACAGAAAAUCUCUGAUGUGAUCAAAACCAGAGGUGAUGAUUCUUCAAGUCAGCAGUCUUUGAAAGUUCAAACUUCAGUAAAUGGAACAGAAAAACGUGGCAGGACAUUCUACUCCAAGAUUCAAAAAUGGUUCUUUGAGAAGUUUUCCGAGUACAUUGAGGAUUUCCAGUUCCAACAAGAAGAGAACCCUAUAGAAACAGAAGAACCACUUAGUGCUAAACGGUUAACUGAAAAUAUGAGAAGAUUAAAACGUGGUGCCAAACCAGUUACCAGUUUCUUAAAGAACCUGUCAGCCUUAUCAAAUUGGCACUCUGUAUACACUUCAGUAAUUGCCUUUAUUGUCUACAUGAAUGCUGUAUGGCAUGGCUGGGCCAUUCCAAUGUUCUUAUUUCUAGCCAUUUUGAGGUUGUCUCUAAAUUAUCUCAUAGCAAGGGGUUGGAGAAUUCAGUGGAGCAUUGUGCCUGAAGUGUCAGACCCUGUGGAGCCUUCAAAAGAAGAUCUUACUGUAUCUGAAAAGUUCCAGCUGGUGCUUGAUGUAGCACAAAAAGCACAGAAUCUUUUUGGCAAGAUGGCGGAUGUACUAGAAAAAAUUAAAAACUUAUUCAUGUGGGUGCAACCAGAAAUCACACAGAAGUUGUAUAUGGGCUUGUGGGUCCUCUUUAUUGCAUCUUGCUUCUUUCCAUACAGAAUUCUGGGCCUCUUUAUAGGACUUUAUGCAGGAGUAAAGUUUUUUCUCAUUGACUUCAUCUUCAAACGAUGCCCAAGGCUUCGAGAAAAAUAUGAUACUCCUUACAUUGUGUGGAAGAAUUUGCCCACAGACCCCCAGUUGAAAGAAAGAUCAAAUGCUGUACUGAUGAGGCGGAUUCCGACAGUUGUGUCAAGAUCCAAUGUUACUACCAACAGCAUGUCUGUGUAUAGCAGGGAGGAUGAUGGUGCACGUUCUCACAGCUCCAAAAAAAGCAGCUUCAGUGAGAUCUUCAGUUUGGCAGAGAAUGAACGACCUUUACCAGUAUGUGAAAAUGGCUGGCGCUGCUGUCUAAUUAACAGGGAUAAGAAGAUACCCACUGACUACAUUCGGAAUGGUUUUCUCUAUGUGACAGAAAAUUAUUUAUGCUUUGAAAGUUCCAAGUCUGGUUCAUCUAAGAAAAAUAAGAUCAUAAAACUAAAAGAAAUUACAGAUAUUCAAAAGUAUAAAGUUUUGUCUGUUUUACCUGGAUCGGGAAUGGGUAUUUCAAUAACUACUCCAUAUACGCAAAAGCCACUGGUAUUCGGUGCUAUGUUGCACCGAGAUGAAGCCUUUGAAGCAAUAAAUUGUCAACAUACCAAAAUAGCGUCCAGUGCAUCCAGUAACGAAACUUAACCAUGUUCUUACAAUAAGGCAGAAUUCAUGUAUACAAUAAUAUGGAAAUGAGCAGUUGGACAAGAACUUCCAUUAGCUGUUUGAUAUUUGUGAUGGAUUUUGUACUUAAUUGGAAUAGAUGGUUUAUAAUCUGUAUAUUUUUAACUUGCUGUUUAGUUAUUUUACAUUUUGGUGAGAGUUCUUCACAAAAGUGCUGUUACUUUCAUAGUAAUCCCUGCACAGUAAGCACUUUUGGCAUUUGUUUACAAGCAUUUUAAAUGUUAGGCUAAAUUGGGGUAGGGGAGAAUUGAGAGCGGUUUUUAAAAUAAAAGUAAGAUAAAAUUUGGAGUCAAAAACUUGCAAAAUCUGAAUGCCAAGAUUGUAUACUUUUCAGUGUCCGUUUCAGAUGGCAAGAGUAUUGUUUGAGGUAAUUAUCCUGUCAGAAGGAUCUAGUAAACUAAGUGAAGUGAAUAUGUUGCACCCUAGCCCUGACAAUUGGACAUUAUAGAUAUUAAGCAAUUGUUCAGAACAUUCAUACAUUGUGAAGUGAUUGGUUAAACAUUAGCAUGAAAGGGUCAGAGUAUAAUAUAGCCACUUCUACAUAUAUCACAAACCACUUCGGUAAUAAUCUCAUCCAGUGUUUCAUGGUAGUGAAAUGUAAUUACUAAAACAUUUUUUUAAAACUCUGUUGCAUGUUAACUACCUAUUCAGUCAAUUUCUCUGGAUUGAAGAUUCCAACCCCACUCCUUCCACAGGCUUUGCUCAGAUGUUGCAAGGAAAUGUGUGGAAAGAUUAGUGCUUUGCACAGUUUUCCACAGGCAAGAUUGAAUACCAUGCCUAUGUCAUUUAAUGCGCAAUACUUUGAUAGUUCUUGCUAACUCCUUUCCAAAAAGGCUGGUUCUUGACCAAAACUUAGAUUUUCCAGACAUUGCAAAAAAAAACUUGAGGGGUUUAUCUGACUCCAUUUUGUUUUCUUGUGUAAGUAAAAGCAUGGUCCAUGUCCACUGCAUUAGUGACAUUUUCUCUUACCCCUUUUUUUAAGUUGCACCAUUGUCAAAUUUAUUUCCAAGGCUUUAUCAGCAGCACAGUUAUUGGAUCACACAUAGAAGUGGUAUCAAGUGACACUUUCCAAUAUUCCUCCUCUCCCUUUGUGAAAAAGCCUACCUUCGUUCGGUGUCUUUUCUUCAGAGAGCCAAUUCUGGGAAAUCACAGACAUGAACCCAUGUCCUGCUUCUCAAUGGUAUGGUUCAAAGAUACAAUGGCUCUGAAGAUUCCUAUAAAUCUGUUCCUUUCUCUUUCAUUUUUAGCUGUUGUCAGUGUUCAGGGUGGAGGCUAUCUGCACUGAACUUUAAAUCUCCUCCAAUAUCUCCAUCACAAAAGGUUAGAAUGUUAAAGAUGCCAGGUGUUUGCAAAUCCCAUUACUUUCUGGUAUUUAGUAAAUUCUUUCGAUCAUUUUAGCAAUGUUAUGCAGCAGCUGCUCCCUGCCAUUGCACGUACUUGCCCAAUUCAAAAGUCAGCCCCGUCAGAAUGUAUAAAUGUAAUGACUGACAGACCUCCAAAGGAUACAACCUUCAGAGAUCUGCAAAGCUGCCAGUUACCAACUCUCUUAAGAUGUUCUGACUCACUUUUUAUUUGUCCAAUUGCUAAUGGAAUUUAUACUGUAUGUGAAGAUACCUGAAACACGCUGAAUAUUUUUAGUUUAUUAAUAUAACUCAUACUAACUAUAUGUACCAAUUUCUUAGAUUUGUUCAAGGUUUAAUUUGUCACAACUUCUGAUUUAACACCAUUAAAACAGCAAAUGGUAGGUUUGUGAUGUAUAGUUUCAUGAAGUGCAAACAUUUGCCAAGCUCUCUGCACCUUUAGUUUACUGUUAAUGUGGGUAUGUUUACUGAGGGCUAAUUUUUCAGCUUCUGGAUUAGAAGUGCAUUUGUUGGUUUGGAUCCCUUGUAGGAUACAAGCUAGCAACUAUUUUAAGUUUAAAAAAAAAUAAUGUAAACACUUUGUAAAAAAAAAUCAACUGGUAGUUUUUAACUAAGGCAAUUUAUUUUCUUAAUAUCCCCAAUCAUGAAAAAGCAGUUGCCAUUCUUGAUAAGCAUUAGAUAUAUUAACUGUCUACAUAUUGAAAGUUGUGCAUAAUUGUUUUUGGUAUCAUGUAAAACUUUUGGUGUAAAGAAAGCAGAAAAUAUUAAUAGAUCCAGAAAAUAUAACUUAACCCUAUAAACUUGCAAGCUUCGCAUCAUGUUUAUUGUAAAAAGAAAACAAAGUCUUGUAAAAAGUCACGUAAUUUUUUUAUUUGAAAUAAAUGGUUCUGUAAAAAAAAAAA